ACAGCCAGUGGACGGGGGUCAGCUGACUUGUUCUCACGUGACCGGCGACAGCUUCUCGGAUCCUACUCCGGAAAGCCGGGGCCGCGCCGCGAUGGUGGAGCCGGGCGGCGAGGAGGCGCGGCCGCUGCUGGACUCGGCGCACAAUGACUGUCCCCAGCGCAAGGCGCUGCCGGCCCUGUGCGACCCGCGGCGGCUGGCCCACCGGCUGCUGGUCCUGGCCUUCAUGUGCUUCCUGGGCUUCGGUAGCUAUUUUUGCUAUGACAAUCCAGCAGCUCUGCAGACUCAGGUUCAAAGGGAUAUGAAGGUGAACACCGCUACAUUCAUGGCAUUAUAUGCCUGGUAUUCCUGGCCCAAUGUGGUUCUCUGUUUCUUUGGAGGCUUUCUGAUAGACAGAGUAUUUGGAAUAAGGUAAGCAUGACAACAGUGUCACAUUUCUAAGGAUCAGAUCAUUAGAAGGGGAGAUGCACGUCCAGAAAAAUCUCAUCUACAUUUUCAGUGUAGAUGACAUUCUAUCAGCUUUCACUGAGUUUCUUUGAGUGUUUGAAUCUGAACAAGC